GACAGAGCAGUGCAUGAAACAUUACCUUAUAGAGUACAAAGCCAAUGGCCGCCAUAGAAAUACAAAUGGUAUAGCUCUAUGAAAAACUCUCACGAUUCUACAAAUGUCAAUAACAUAUACUGUAUAAGAUAGCUCCUUGUGUACUAAGGGAAGAUGUUGUCUGUAUUGUGUAUGUUUGUUUAGUGCAAUAAAAGUCUAUUCUUUCUGCAAUUAGUUUUGUUUUUUGUGUAGUCGGAGGGGGUUGCCUCACUGAGCUAGUGACAUUACCUUAGUUACAGAAUAAGUAGAAGUUGAAUUAUGGCUAAUCACCAGUGAGAGCUCGAGGGGCCGGGUAUGGUCAAUGGUGGAGAGCGACAUGCCUCACUGAGCUAGUGAUAUAACCCAUGUCUCGGACGUUCUAACAGUGUUUUUGUUUGAGUGGGAGUUAUUGAUUAUUGUAGUAAAUGGAAUUAAAAGCAAGACCAUGUGUUAUUGGAUUAGUGAUUUUUAAAUCUUUGCCCAAAUCAUCUGUUAUUCAUUUACUAGUUUUUAAUACUAGUUGAAAUUCAGUAUUAUUUACUUUUUUCAUCAAAUUUCGAUGGAUUUGAAAAUAAUUCUAUGUUAAAAGUACGAAGACAUAAAUCCGAGAAGAAUCUAUAAAUUUGUAAAUAAUAAUUAAAAUCCACUAGUUUAGAAAUAGUUAAAAUUUACAUAUUUAUAAGUUUUCAAAUCAUUUUAACUUAAAAUACAUAAAUGAAUAACACCAUUUAGUUUGUCUGUUGUUUGUCGGUUUUACUUUGGUUUAACUUUGUAACCUAACUAGUUUUCCGUUUGGGCAGUUUUUUUUUUUUUGGUUUUGUAAUCUAUUGUUUCACAAAAAUGUCAUUGUAAGAUUAUUUUUGUUUUUGUCUUAAAGAGUGUCAUUCUACAUUUCUAAUGUAAUUUUACGUAUUUAAUCUAUUUUUAUUCUUUCGAAAAACUAAUAUAUUUUUAUUUAAAUUAUUUUAUUUAGUAAUUGCAAAAUAAAGAAGGACAUAUAUAUUUAAAAAAAAAAUAAUUUGUAUGAAAUAUGUUAGCAUUUUAUGUUAAACGGAAGAAGUAUUACUAAAACAUACAUUGAAAUAUACUAUGAACUUAUAUUCAUUUAUGCAUAUUAUUAGAUAGGAAAGUAUAUGCAUAGAUCUUGGUCCACAUGGACCACAACAUAAACCCCAAGAAAAGCAAAAAAAAGGUACAAAAUCUGAUUUUGCUCUCAACAUAUAAAAAUCAAAGCAUAUUCUUUUUUGUUUACUUGCACACUUAGCUAGCUUUUCCAACGAAUAAUCUUCUCCCUCUUCCUUCUCCUUCUACCCUGUCCCCUUCCACAGCAUAUUCAUUAACUCAACGUAUCCUAUAUAUACCUUGUGAUUAUCACACCAUGUUUCAGCAAAAACUACUUCAUCUCAAUCAUUUCAAUCUCCUUGAGGAAAAGUUUGAUCCCUUCUUGUUGUUUCUGUACCAAAAGAAAUGGCUUCUUCCUCAUCUCCAACAACGCUUCAAAGAUCGGAUUCAAUCGCUGACAAAAUGCCUGAUGCAUUGAAACAAAGUCGGUAUCAUAUGAAGAGAUGUUUUGCCAGCUUUGUUAAAGGAGGAAAGAAGCUAAUGAAGCGUGAGAAUCUAAUGAAUGAGAUAGAAAAAUGUAUAGAAGAUAGCAAUGACCGCAAGAAGAUUAUGGAGGGACUGUUUGGUUACAUUCUCACAUGUACUCAGGAAGCAGCAGUGGUUCCACCCUUUGUUGCUUUGGCCGCAAGGCCCGAUCCUGGUUUCUGGGAAUAUGUUAAGGUCAACGCUGGAGAUCUAUCAGUGGAUGAAAUCACAGCCACGGAUUACUUGAAGCUCAAGGAAUCUGUUUUUGACGAGUCAUGGGCUAAGGAUGAAAAUGCAUUGGAGUUAGACUUUGGAGCGAUUGAUUUCACAACUCCUAGGCUUAAUCUUUCUUCUUCGAUUGGAAAUGGAGCUGAUUACAUCUCUAAGUUUAUAUCUUCUAAGCUUGGAGGCAACACUGAUAAACUAGAACCUUUGCUGAACUACUUGCUUCGCCUUAACCACCAUGGAGAGAAUCUCAUGAUCAAUGAAGGUAUCAACACAGUUGCAAAGCUCAAAAAAUCUCUGAUGCUUGCUGUGAAUGUAGUCUCCACUUACCCUAAACACACACCUUAUGAAACUUUCUCUCCAAGGUUGAAGGAAAUGGGAUUUGAGAAAGGUUGGGGAAACACAUCAGAGAGAGUGAGAGAAACCAUGGUUAUGCUCUCAGAAGUUCUAGAAGCACCAGACAGUGUGAAGCUAGAUUUGCUCUUUAGCAGACUUCCCACAGUGUUCAACGUUGUGAUAUUCUCUGUCCAUGGCUAUUUUGGUCAGCAAGACGUACUAGGUUUACCAGAUACCGGAGGCCAGGUUGUUUACAUUCUUGACCAAGUAAGAGCAUUGGAAGAAGAGCUGCUCAUUCGAAUUAACCAACAAGGUCUCGGAUUCAAGCCCCAGAUUCUUGUGGUGACACGGUUGAUACCAGAAGCAAGAGGCACAAAGUGCGAUCAAGAACUAGAAGCCAUUGAAGGAACCAAGCAUUCUCAUAUCCUCAGAGUUCCUUUUGUUACAGAUAAAGGAACCCUCCGUCAAUGGGUUUCUCGGUUCGAUAUAUAUCCUUACCUGGAGAGAUUUACUCAGGACGCAACGAGCAAGAUUCUUCAACGCUUUGAGUGCAAGCCUGACCUCAUCAUUGGAAACUACACAGAUGGGAACUUGGUUGCAUCUCUAAUGGCCACCAAACUCGGUGUCACUCAAGGAACCAUUGCUCAUGCGUUGGAGAAGACAAAGUACGAAGAUUCAGAUGCAAAGUGGACAGAACUAGACCCUAAAUACCAUUUCUCUUGCCAAUUCACAGCUGAUUUAAUCGCAAUGAAUGUCACUGACUUCAUCAUUACCAGCACAUAUCAAGAAAUAGCAGGAAGCAAGGAAAGACCAGGACAGUAUGAGAGUCACACUGCCUUCACAAUGCCUGGUCUAUGUAGAGUUGUCUCUGGCAUUGAUGUGUUUGAUCCAAAGUUCAACAUUGCUGCUCCUGGCGCCGAUCAAUCUGUUUACUUCCCUUACACAGAGAAGCAAAAAAGAUUGACUAAGUUUCAUCCUUCUAUACAAGAACUGCUUUACAAUGAGAAAGACAAUAAUGAACACAUGGGAUACCUUGCGGAAAGAGAGAAACCAAUCAUCUUCUCCAUGGCGAGACUAGACACAGUGAAGAACAUAACCGGUUUGGUUGAAUGGUAUGGUAAAGACAAGAGACUAAGAGAGAUGGCUAACCUUGUAGUUGUUGCUGGAUUCUUCGACAUGUCGAAAUCUAAUGAUAGAGAGGAGAAAGCUGAGAUAAAGAAGAUGCAUGAUCUCAUUGAAAAGUAUAACCUCAAGGGGAAGUUCAGAUGGAUAGCUGCUCAAACUGAUAGAUAUAGAAACAGUGAGCUUUACAGGUGCAUUGCUGAUACAAAAGGAGUCUUUGUUCAACCUGCUUUAUAUGAAGCUUUUGGCUUAACGGUUAUUGAAGCCAUGAACUGUGGACUACCAACAUUUGCCACGAAUCAAGGUGGACCGGCUGAGAUAAUCGUUGAUGGUGUCUCUGGUUUCCACAUUGAUCCCAACAAUGGUGAUGAGUCUGUUGCCAGGAUUGGAGACUUCUUCAGCAAGUGCAGUACAGAUGGUUUGUAUUGGGAUACUAUCUCUAAGGCUGGUCUCAAACGUAUCUAUGAGUGCUACACAUGGAAGAUCUAUGCAGAGAAGUUGUUGAAAAUGGGAAGCAUAUAUGGAUUCUGGAGACAAGUGAAUGAAGAUCAGAAGAAAGCUAAGCAGAGAUACAUUGACAUGCUUUACAAUCUCCAGUUCAAACCAUUGAUCAAGAAAGUGACUAUCCCUGAAGAUAAAUCUUUGCCUAUGAGACUGGCUUCACUCCGUAACCUCCUUCCCAAGAAACCAGCAUCUCUUGGAGGAGGAAGUAAGCAGAAGGAAGUCACAGAAACGAAACCAAAGAGUAAAGAAGGUCAAGAACGAGAUGAUGUCAAGGCAGGAGAAGGAGAGGUGAAAGAGGGGUUGCUUGCAGCUGAAGCAUCAGAGAGGAUAAAGAAAGUUGUAGAGACUUCUGAAGAGACACAGAGGCUAGAGAAGAUGAAGAUUGCGUACGGACAACAACGGAACCAAGGAGGUUCAUCGGUUAGGAACUUGUUCUUGUCAGUAGUGGUUUGUCUCUACAUCUGUUACAUUUUGAAGCAGAGGUUCUUUGGAACUUACUCGGUUCAAGAGGAUUAAAAGUAAAUCAAAAAGCUGUAAAUCUUUAAUAAAGGAAAAUAUCAUCAAUGUAAAAGUUAAUAUAUGAAAGUUAUCGUCAGAAAUAAAACUUUAUGAAUUAUUAUUUUUAUGA